ACAAAUAACAUGUAUAUUUAAUUAUUAAGGGAGCACAAAGUGGAAAAUGUGCGAAGGCCCCAAGAUGGGCACAUUAGAGAAGUGCGGUCACAUUUUCAUCCUCACCCUGCCAGGCGAUGGCAAGCAUCGCCAGAGCCCUACCCUCAUCAACGCCAUCGUAGCCGCCCUGCGCUGCAUCCGAGUCGAAUCUACCCCCGGCUCCGCUCUCGUCACAACGGCGGAGGGAAAGUUCUUCUCCAACGGCUUCGAUCUCAACUGGGCCAAAGCCGUGAGGCCCGGCUUCCGCAGCCGGCUUAGUCACAUGAUCUUCAAAUUCAAACAGAUCAUCGCCGAUCUGAUAUCCAUCCCGAUGCUAACGAUUGCAGUCGUAACGGGCCAUGCCUCAGCAGCCGGCUUUAUACUCGCGCUAAGCCACAACUACGUUUACAUGAGAAAAGACAGGGGCUUUCUGUAUAUGAGCGAGCUCGACAUUGGCCUUCCCUUCCCCGAGUAUAUCAUGACUGUGAUUCGAUCGAAAAUCACUGCGCCGAUGGCUCGACGCGAAGUGGCGCUGCGAGCCGCGAAGAUCAAGGCGCAGGAGGCUGUGGAGAUGGGGAUCAUUGAUGCGGUGCACGAUAGCCCAGGCGAGACGGUGGAGGCUGCGUUGUGCCUGGGGGAGGAGCUGGCUGGUAGGAAGUGGGACGGCGAGGUGUAUGCGCCGAUAAGAGAAGGGAUGUUUCCUGAGGUGUUGGAAAUGCUGGGGCUGGCGGAGAAGAAGACGGCAAUCCCUUUGCGCCUCUGAUACGUGAGAGGUCCGGAGAUGGAAUACGGCCGGAAGCGGAUUGUAGAGUGAGUAACUCACUACGCUUAGCGUACUGAGUAAACUUUGUGUGGUCUACCAUCAUUUAUGUAUUUUAUCCGCUCCGUCCAUCCAUUUUAACAGAUAAUUUUAGGCUGGACCCAAAAAUGAAACAUAUAAAAUGUUCAAAUGGGCCACACCACAGGAAACAGUUGAAUUAAACGUCUACCAUUGAAAUUUUCUUUGGGCCAUAGAAGUUUUGGAUCAAGCUUAUAUUUGUUUUUUCCCUUCAUCCAUGUCUUUAUAAUUUUAUAAACUGGUUAGAUGACAAAUAAACAUCACUGUGGGGCCUAGCAAGGUUUCAACGGUGGAAAUCAUUAUCCCUGUUGUUUCAUGUGGUAUGGUCCACUUGAUAUUUGGAUAUGCUUCAAUUUUGGGCUCAACCCCUUCAAUUAGAUGGAAAAACGAAUGGACGGUGUGGAUAGAUGACAUACAUUCAAGGUGGGCUCAACUGAGUUUACUCAGUACGAUAAGAGCGUACUGAGUAACUCAGUACGCAAUCCGAUUUCGAUACGACCGUUCAUCCAGCGGGUCCCGCGUACCAUAUAUGGAGAACAUGUACAUUUAUGAGCUCGUUUUUUCCCUACACGCGACUCAGUAUCGCUAGAAUGUCUCUCCGCAAUCGGCCCAAAUGCGGGAAUUUUAUUAAUAUAAGAGCCGUCCAUCUUUCUCGGAGUUGGAUUUGAGGUAUCAGAAAUCUUAUUUUCAGCUGCGUUCAUCUACACGUAGUGCUCACAAUCAUCUAUUCAGUGUAGGUUUCUCAAUCCUGUAGUGGAUGUUUCUGAUCAUCCUACUAGCUUAGCAUGUGUAUAUACAGGCAAAACGCUCUAUUAUCACAUUUGAUUUAAUCCUUUUCAUCUGA